CGGCGGCGGCCCCAGAGUGAUUCGGGCGGGCGUAACUGCGAACUUUUGUUUGCAAAGUGUUGUGCGAGUUUGGUUUCCGCCGCCGGGACAGAGGCGCCGGCCGGGCUGGGCCGAGCUCAGAGAAACGCCGCACAGCUCCGGAGUUGUUUUUUUCCCCCUUCAAUUGCUGCGCUUUCAAGACCGGUGAUUUUUGCAGAGCGGGGUAUGCGGGGUUGCGAAUCCGCGCUCUGAGCCCCGCGAGGAAAAAGAGCCCGGGGCGUCCCGGCGGAGCCAUGGAUCCCGGGCAGCCCCAGCAGCCGCAGGCAGCGCAGCCCCCGGCCCCGCAGCAGCCUCCGGGGGCUCCGCCGGGGCCAGCGCAGACGCCGGGCUCGGGCCCCCCCCCGGCCGGGCACCAGGUCGUGCAUGUGCGGGGCGACUCGGAAACAGACCUGGAAGCCCUUUUCAACGCCGUCAUGAACCCGAAAGGCGCCAACGUGCCCCACACGCUGCCCAUGCGGCUUCGCAAACUGCCCGACUCCUUCUUCAAGCCGCCCGAGCCCAAAGCGCACUCCCGCCAGGCCAGCACUGAUGCAGGGACAGCAGGAGCCCUGACCCCUCAGCAUGUCCGAGCUCAUUCCUCUCCAGCAUCACUGCAGCUGGGAGCUGUUUCUCCAGGGACGCUUACACCCUCUGGAGUAGUGACUGGACCUGGAGCUCCAUCUUCUCAACAUCUCCGCCAGUCUUCAUUUGAGAUCCCUGAUGAUGUACCUUUGCCACCAGGUUGGGAGAUGGCUAAGACACCAUCUGGACAGAGAUACUUUCUUAAUCACAUUGAUCAAACAACAACAUGGCAAGAUCCUAGGAAGGCUAUGCUUUCCCAGAUGAACGUUACAGCUCCUACCAGUCCUUCUGUGCAGCAGAACAUCAUGAACUCUGCUUCAGGCCCACUCCCCGAUGGAUGGGAACAAGCUAUGACCCAGGAUGGAGAAAUUUACUACAUAAACCAUAAGAACAAGACCACAUCUUGGCUAGACCCAAGGCUUGACCCACGCUUUGCCAUGAAUCAGCGAAUCAGCCAAAGUGCUCCAGUGAAACAGCCACCUCCUCUGGCUCCUCAGAGUCCCCAAGGUGGUGUGAUGGGUGGGAGUAGCUCCAAUCAGCAACAGCAGAUGAGACUGCAGCAGCUACAGAUGGAGAAGGAAAGGCUGAGACUGAAGCAUCAAGAACUGCUUCGGCAGGCAUUGCGGAAUAUCAAUCCCAGCACAGCAAAUUCUCCAAAACAUCAGGAAUUGGCUCUGCGUAGCCAGCUUCCAACAAUGGAACAAGACGGUGGAUCUCAAAAUCCUGUGUCAUCUCCUGGAAUGUCUCAGGAACUGAGAACAAUGACUACAAAUAGUUCCGAUCCCUUUCUUAACAGUGGAACGUAUCACUCCAGAGAUGAAAGCACAGAUAGUGGACUUAGCAUGAGCAGCUAUAGUGUUCCCAGAACCCCUGAUGACUUCCUUAACAGUGUUGAUGAGAUGGAUACAGGUGACAGUAUCAGCCAAAGUAACAUACCGUCCCAUCAGAACCGUUUCCCAGACUACCUUGAAGCCAUUCCAGGGACAAAUGUGGACCUUGGGACACUGGAAGGAGAUGGGAUGAAUAUAGAAGGAGAAGAACUGAUGCCAAGUCUGCAAGAGGCUUUGAGCUCUGACAUCCUUAAUGACAUGGAAUCUGUCUUGGCAGCCACCAAGCUAGAUAAAGAGAGUUUUCUUACUUGGUUAUAGGGGCCUCAGGGAGACUGAAUUCUAAAUCUGUGAAGGAUCUAAGGAGAAUAAGACAUCUGUGUCUGAAGUUCAGACCAAGCCAGUGCGGCACGCGUUGGCUUGCGUACAGAAAAAGUAAAUGAACAAAUAUUCAACAAGAUUUUUUCGUUUUGCUCUUCCUUGUCCAUCGCUGCUGUUAUAUAUUGCUGACUUUUUUCCACAGUUGACUCUGAAGAACAGACAUCUUCUUGAUCUUUUCUAUUGCUGUUGCAACUACUGUUCAAGGGGGGUGGGGGAGGGAUGAUGAGCCUAUUUGGAUGACGAAUGCCAUUCCUUUUGUCCUAGUGUGCGCUUGCAUAUCGUUUUAUCUAAGUACUCAGAUUUGAGAGUGAAUUUCUGCAUGUCACUGCUUGUAGUUUGCUCAGCUAGUUGUCUCCUGCUGCCUGUGGCAAGUGGUAAAACAUGACAUACUGGGGUGACAAGCCAAAAAUGAUGUAUCUGGUCAAAAGAAGUCAAUACUGAUUUGGAGAUACGACUUAAAGGAGGGCUGAAGACUGUUUGGCAUUAAGUGUUUCUACUAGUAGCUCUUUUAUUAGUCACAAAGUGCUCUUGUUCAUAUUUUAUAGUAAAUCAUGAGACAUUUUACAUAGAAACAUAUAUGAACUUUGAUCGUUGCCACAUAUUCUAGCCUAACUUUUGUUUGUCAAAAGUAGUUUGAUUUUUUUUGUUAGUUGGUUUAACUGUAGCUGUAGGAUGGGAAGUAAUUAUAGGUGUUCUUUUUUUUUUUUAAAUAGUGAAAUCUAAGGGUUUUUUUCUGAUUUCACAUAGUCUUAUUUAAAUCUGAAUUGUCUGCUUUUUUAUACUUAAAAACAUGCCUAUGCCUAUUGUAGCCUGAUAAGCUAGUAACUACAUAAACCAGUAUGUUUUGCCUGUAACAUUUUAAUUUUUUUAAAGGCUAGCUUUGAAUGUAAUCAUUAGAAUUCAUGACCAGUGGCUUAUUUUUCAUGUUUAUUUGCAAGAUUUUGAAUCGAAAUCUGAUUGCAGCAAUGGAAAAGUUAGACUCCUAAGUGUCACGUGUACAACUUUUCAAGUAGCAGAAACCGUUUUAAAAUGACAGAUGCAUCUAAAUCUCUCUUCUGAUUUUCAGUUUUAAUAUCUAAGCGAGUUUAGAUUUUAAAAUCCCUAAUGAAAAAAAAAACCUUUUUGUAAAGUUUCUCUAAGUUCGCAUGGAGAAAGUCUGAACUAUUGGUAUCCAUAAGUUGCAAUGUAAAGUCUAGAACACCUAAAAUACAACAAUCCUCAAGAAAAAGAAUACUUUAGUAGUUAUCAGAUUCUGUUUGGUGAAAAAUAAGCCCUGGACAGUAUAUGUAGAAGAAUGUAAAGAUAUGUGUUAGAUGGUGACAUGAGCAGGUAAUGAAGUGUAUAUUAGUCGUAGAGCUUAGCAUGGGAUAGAGGUGAACAUGAAUUAUCUUUACUUUAACAGGAAAAGACGUAUCACUAAGUUGUCUGCAGGAGUUGACACAGUUUCCAAAGAGUAUUUUUUAAAUGAACAAAAUGAGCAUGAAUCAAACUUUUGAGUAUAAGCUAUGAAGUUUUGUAGGGCUUUGGUUUUUUUUUUUCUGAUGAAAACUAGUGUCACCAGUUAACACCUCUGUAAUUAAGGGCCUGUCACCGUUCUCAACAUGAGCCUUUAUUAUUCAAGGGUGUAACAUGACUAUAAAGAUACUGUAAGCGUGAAACUAGGGGUUGAAAAAAAAAAUCUCAGCUCGCAGGGGCUUCUCCUGGGGAGAGAUUUUUUGGGUUCUUUUUUUUUGUUUGUUUUGUGCUUUUUUAAAGCCGUUGAUUAUUUUUCAAGUUAGGAAUGAAUCAGCCAAACAAAACAAAAAAAACCUCCCAUAUUAUUAUUAACAUUUGGAUUUUUUUUAAUGCUUCAGAAAUAGUUGUGUUUUAGAAGAAAGAGUGAAUACUCUGAAACAAGUCUCAUUUUAAAAACUGAAGCAGCAGAGGCAGAGAUUUGAAAUUUGCCACUCUAAAUGUACAUUUACUGCUUUAUGUAAGGAUUUUGGUGUUUGAAAGACACAAAAUCGAUUGUGGCUUGUUAUGGGAAACAGGCAGGUUUGAAAAAUACUGAUUUUUAAACCACAUCUCUUCUGCUACACCAAUAAUUUAGCGAUUAAUAGGCCACUUACUUUGUGCAAUGACACGGUAGCUCCUAAAGCAGUAUAUUGUGUCCAAGAUAGGGAUUUUAGUAGCGUUUUUACAAGUUUUUCAUUAUGAAUUCUUCCCUCUUCUUCCCUUCAGGAGCAAAAGACACUAAGUUGUUAUAACUUGAAUGGUCUGACAUAAAACCAGAAUGGCAAGGAAAUUCAGAGUUGACUCUGUCGGUUGUCUUCCGCAGUUGUAUGCGGGUCUGACAGCACGUACGAUGCACUGAGUGCGAACUCCUGACGUGCCAGACCUUGCUGCAACAGGGAUGAGUACAGAACAAAUUUUCUUUCCUUGCUUUUGUGUGUCACAGCUUUAAUAUUUGAAUGUUUUCUUCUCAUUGUAGAAACACUAAACAGUUUUUACUGUAUUUGGGUAGCACUGCCUAGGGUAGAUACUGACAAACUGGGAAUCCUUGAAAUGCUCUAACAUUUAUUCUGUUUUGUGAUACUUACAUUAAUUGAUUUUAAUACAUUUCCGUUCUCUCAUUUAUUAGGAAACAUACCAUAGAGUGCUGUACUGUUGGCAAUCAACGUUAAUUUGGAUUCUUUUUUUUUUUUUUCUUGUUUUAAUUCUGCAAAUGCAUUGUUUGAUGAAGUGGUUAAAAUUGUUUGAAAUGCGAAGGUGUUUUGGGUAGUAUUUUAUACUGAUGUAUAUAUUGAAACAAAUCAUUGUAAUAAUUGUAAUAGCUUUUAGUUAUAAAUACACUACACGCAGACAGAUGGGGCUGUACAGUACUGUGCUGUUCAAUACCUGGCCACGGCUCCUGCUUUGAAACAGGUUGCAGUGUCAGUAAACCAUAUGGAUCAAAUAUUCUACCAUUCAGUGUUGGCGCUCACCAAUGCAAUAGAGAGACAAUUUCGACAUAAGAUUAACACUACAUAGCUUUCACAUACCUGGUGAAUUAGUACUAAAGUGACCUUUUCACUUACAAGCAUGUUUUUUUUAUACAAAUUAACAGGUGUGCCUGUGUAAAAUAAUCUGUUUUCUGUAGCUUGGAACAAAUACUCUCCACAUUUAGAAUGUUGUAUGUUAGAGAACUCUUAAAUGCACCCUUGUCAAAAAUUAUAUAUAUUAGUUACCAAUGUUACUUUUAGAUACCAGCAUGACUGUAAGUUAGGUACUUAAGUAUGUUCUGUUACAUUAUUUUUCUUUAUGUAAUACUUUUUCAGUUGUUUUAUUUGGUAUAAAUAUAUACUUUGUGCUUAAACACCUUUGUUUGUUUUUAACAUUCGAUAGCGUGUAACGACAACUGAUUUCCUCCAUUAAGAUGAAUGCAUUGGAUUGUUGGAAUUCCUCUUGUAGUAUGUCUGCUCUCGUCCCCCUUGUCGCUGCUUUUGUAGUCAUAAACUGCAGUCCUGCAAACAUUGUGUACGAGCUCACCUAAGAGACAAAGAAGUCCUACUGAAGUCAACAAAGGCUAAACGUUAAAGUAUACCUCUCUGUGUGUUUGCAAUAAUGAAGAGACAGUGACUCUGCUGAGCCUCAUACAGCUCGUGUAAAACAAUACUUUAAUUGCAUGUGGCACUACAGUGAGAACCGCUCACAGAACAUCUGUUAUCUACUCUAAGAAAGCAUCCGCUUGUUGCUGAUACUCUUGCAAUGUUCAGGAUCUUCCCACGUAGCAGAUAAAUUUUUGGCUAACUCUAAGUUUAUACAAUAAUUUGUGGCAGACUAUCAAUAAAGACACACUAUUUUCAUUUCCAA